AUGGCCUUCUCCUUCGCGCCGGCCGAUCAGUAUCAGUACCGGUACCACACCAUGAAGCAGAGCAGCAGCUCCGCCGCCGCCGCUGGAGAUAGCAGGCGGCAGCGGCGCAUGAUCAAGAACCGUGAGUCGGCGGCCAGGUCGCGUGCCCAGAGGCAGGCCUACACCAACGAGCUGGAGCUGGAGCUGGCGCAGCUGCGCCGGGAGAACGAGAUGCUCAUCAAGCAUCACCAGGAGCUCAAUCCGCUGGUUUUGCAUGUUUGCUACCUGCUGCUGGUUCGUCUGGCCAUGUCGUCGUCAGCGCAGGUCCCUGCACACAUGCCGCUCCGCACCACCCUGAACCUGAAGACAAGCAAAUAG